UAUAAAUGGGAAGUUAAUGAAAUAACAUCAUUCAUUGAGUCUGCUAAAAACGAGGAAGAGACAGUAGAGCUUAACUCAUCAAACUUUGCUACUAAUGAUAAGACUAAAAAUUCAUGGUAUUUACAACUGAGUCUAUCAAAAGAAAAGGAAUGGGUAUCACUAUUCCUGCAACGCAAUAAUGGGAAAAAUAAAGUAAGAACAGAGAUUUCACUAUUUCUAUGAAACAGCAGAAAUGAUAAAAAAUUUCAAAAAACUGCCUUCAUAACUUACGACUUGAAUAAAUCGUACGGAACGGAACAUUUUCUUGAAAUAAAAGAGUUACUGAAAAAGAAAGAUGAUCUUAUACCAAAAAACACCUUAACUGUAUGUGCUAAACUAACUGUUUAUGACGAUUAUAAAUCAAUUACUACUGAUUAUCCGAUGCGAAAACGACAGCGUAAAAUAACUGAUGAUCUUAAAAAACUCUAUAAUAGUCAGAUAAACAGUGACGUUACUUUCAUUGUGGGUAAUGAAAAAUUCAAAGCUCACAAGAUCAUACUGUCAGCUCGCAGCCCUGUAUUUUCCGCAAUGUUCACCCAUAAAAUGAAGGAAAACAGAGACAACAAAGUUGCAAUACCUGAUAUAGAACCUAAAAUUUUUAAUAAACUGUUGGAGUUUAUUUAUACUGACGAAAUAAAUGAUUUAGAUAUGGAUGCUGUGAGUUUAUUGGAAGCUGCAGAUAAAUAUCAAUUGUUAACACUAAAAAGUUUAUGCGAAAAAUCGUUAUCUAAGUCCGUCAGUAUUGAUAAUGCGAUUGCAUUGAUGAUUUUAGCAGAUCUGCAUAAUGCUAAUCAAUUAUUCGAACGUGUGCUUGAAUUAAUAAUAAAAAAUAACGAAGAUGUCAUUGAUACUCCAGAGUAUAAAAUAUUAGAAGAAUCUAAACCACUGUUAUUAACGAAAUUAAUUAAAAAACAAGUGACUUUGAUAAAGAAUAAUGCUUCAAAAGAUGAGAAAUAAUUGGGAUGUUGUUCACUAAGUACUUAAUUAAUUAGAGAACGGCUUUUGAGCAGAAUAUUUACCUACAAUAUUUGGGUUUUAUGAUUUGAAAACGAU